UAAUACAGCAUGCAACUACUUUAUGUGCUUCUUUGGAUGGAAAGGGUUAUGUGAGUGGCUAUAGGCUCAUAGUCCUAAUCUUUGGCUAGAAAUUUAGUUUCCUUGGUUGUAAAUUCUAGUUAGCAACCUUAUACAUCUUUUCAAGGAUUAUUGCUAUUAUUAUAUGGAUACUGAUUGUUUCCUUAAAUACGCCUGUCCCCGCAGGAUAUUACGUUUCUAAUAUUUUAUUUGCAAAUUUAAUUAUCUUUUCUUCACAUGAUAAAUGUUUGAAAGUUUUUGGCAAACAGGUUCUUGCUUCCGUCAACAUUCUUCAAUUUCUUGGUGUGUCCUUAUAUUUUCCUCUUUAAUCCUUCUUUCACAUGCCAUAUUUCAUAUUGCUUGGGCCAUUGAGGGUGACCAAUGGAGCACCAGCAAUGCUCAGUGGGCGCAGCUAAUUGGAUUUAGAAGGGUGCAGUAUUGGUGGAAUUUGCCUACAGAGAAGUUUUUGGUUAUGCAGAUAUUGAUCGUCUUUGCUUCAAUAAUUGAAAUCUAUGGAAGUAGAUAUAUUUCGGAUGGAUGGAGAGAUUUUCAUCCAGGACAUUUAUGCUCUUCUGUUCUGCUGAUAGGCUCUCAUAUUAGGGGUUUCUCCUUCUUAUUGCUGCCUGGUAUACAAAUAACUGUUGGAAUAAGUCACCCAUCUUGGGCUUCUUUGCCUUAUUUUAUUUGCAGCAGUAUAGGGCUUGUUGAUUGUUCUUUGACAAGCAAUUUCUCGGGCCUCUUUCGGGGGCGGAGGUACCUUCUGUUUUAUGCUGGUUUGAAUAUCAUCCUUCUUUACAUAUAUCAACUUCCCGUCGAGUUCCCAGAGAUAUUGAGGAGGAUUUUUGAUCUCUUUGGACUCUAUAAAGUUUCUGCUAAAUUGGAAUGGACCCGAGUUUGCUCUGGUCUUUCGCUUCUACUCUUCUACAUCAUGCUUUCCUGGAGUAGAAGCGAUUUAAUUGACAUGGAUUUCGAUACAUCAACAAGAGAAAGCAACUUGACUGAGCCACUUCUUUUCCAAAAGUAUCCUGUUUUUGGUCAUGAAUCCCGAUUUGGUUUGAGGCAUGCUGGUAUUUCAUCGAGAGGAGCUGCUUUUAGGUCAUUUAGUAUUAACUUCUUAACUUACGGUUUUCCGAUUUCCAUGCUUGCACUGACAUUUUGGAGUCUCUACUUUACAAGUGUUUGUGCAUUUGGAUUGCUUGCUUAUGUGGGCUAUAUCUUGUAUGCCUUCCCUUCCAUGUUUCGCUUGCAUCAGUUAAAUGGAAUGCUUCUUGUUUUCAUUCUCUUGUGGGCUGCUUGCACAUAUGUCUUCAAUGUGGCAUUCAAUAACAAUUUAUGGAAGGAUAUGGAGAUUUGGGAAACCAUAGGCCUGUGGCAUCACCCUAUGCCAGGAUUGUAUCUGCUUGCUCAAUUUGGUCUUGGUGUUCUUAUUGCAAUCUGUAAUCUUGUGAACAAUUCAGUAUUAUUGUCUGUAAUUGAUGAAGAAGAGCAGUCAACAACUGAUGAAUCUUUUGCCCAAGGGCAAGAAAAGACUACAGUGUUGGUUGUGGCUAUAAUAGCAUGGGGACUACGCAAAAGUUCACAUGUCGUUGUACUGAUAUUGAUAUUUCUUAUUGCAAUUAGACCUGGUCUCGUUCAUGCUGUAUAUAUGAUAUUCUUUUUGGUUUUUCUUUUAAGCCAUGCAAUCAAUUGGAAACUACGUCAAGCUAUGAUUCUUCUGUGUGAGACACACUUUGCGAUUCAGUACAUCCUGCGACUUGAUCUGAUUUCUAAAACUUUGGAGCAUAGAGGAUCAAUGUCUAUGCAAAUACUUUCACAAUUAGGCUUGCUUAAUCAUGAUAAUUCAGCAGACCUUCUCAAAAUAUCUUUUCUUGCCUGCUUCUGUGCUAUUCACAACCAUGGGCUUCAGGCACUUAUUUCAUUUGCGGCAACUGUGCGACAUGCAUCUUGCCCUCCGUUUGGGUUUCACAUCUUUCGAGCUGGCUUGCUCACAUCAAUUUUUAUGUCAUUUGAUAGUCCAGCAUGCAGUGAGAAUCAAGGAACUAGUGAGAAGAAGAUGAUAUCAUAUUUGAACACAAUAAGACGGAGUUUCCUAUCUAUAUAUCAGUUAUGCGGAAAGUACAUAGCCUUCCUGACCAUUCUUCUCAGUGUGUACCUUGUCACGCCAAACUAUGCUUCAUUUGGAUACUUGUUCUUUCUUCUACUGUGGAUUAGUGGAAGACAACUUGUGGGGCAAACAAGAAGGUGCCUUUGGUUUCCUAUGAAAGUUUAUGCACUCAUGGUGUUUGUUUCCGUUUACAGCAUUGGUGUCCUUUCCAGCUCAGAAAUGUGGCUAUCCAGGACUCUUGAUCUUCAAACUAUGUUUGGAUAUAACCCAGAAGCUUCGUUGUUGAAAAAUAUCCGGAAAUCCUUGGCUGUAUUGGUAGUGAUGCAAUUAUAUAGCUAUGAAAGGAGGAAGAGCAGAAGUUUGGGGUCAAUUAACUGUAGUGUACCAGGAACUGGACCUUUUGCAUUUACUAGACGUCUUCUGGUUUGGCAUAUUGAGAAAAUAUUAUCUCUUUCUUUGUUUUAUGCAUCAUUGUCACCUAUAAGUGCAUUUGGUUUUCUGUAUCUGCUUGGUUUGAUCAUGUGUUCAAGAUUACCAAAGUCUUCUCAGGUCCCUUCAAAAUUAUUUCUAGUUUAUUCAGGACUUCUUGUAAUGGUUGAAUAUCUUUUCCAGUUGUGGGGUGGUCAGGCUGAAAUGUUCCCAGGUCAAGAGCACUCUCAGCUGUCCCUUUUCCUAGGCUUACAGAUGUGUAAACCUGGUUUUAAAGGUUUAGAGUCAGGUUUAAGGGGAAAGGUUUUGGUUAUUGUGGCAUGCAUGCUUCAAUAUAAUGUUUUUCAUUGGCUGGAGAAGAUUCCACAUUCUUAUGAAAAUGAAGGAAAAUGGGACGACCCUUGUCCUUUGUUUUCUCCAGAAGAAGUUUAUAAAGAAAGCACUGUCUGCACUACUACUACAGAAAGGAAACAUUCAGAAGAUGCCACCUCACCAUCAUUCAAACGAGGGGUAAGAAGUAUUUCAUGUCCAGCAUUGAACUCUAUGUUAACCCAAGGUCCAGAAUCUGGGUUGGAAAGAGAUAGUGCAAAUAAGUGCCGGCAUCUUCGUUUUUGGGAGAGUUCCAAGGAUAGCUCUAAGUGGAGUAGAAAGCAUAUUCAUUUUUUGAGAAAAGAGAGGUUGGAAAUGCAGAAGACUACUUUAAAGGUAUCUUUGAAGUUUUGGAUAGAGAAUAUGUUCAACCUCUUCGGUCUUGAAAUCAACAUGAUAGCUUUGCUCUUGGCUAGCUUUGCUGUUUUGAAUGUCAUUUCCUUGCUCUAUAUAGCAUUACUUGCUGCUUGUGCUAUUCUGCAUCGGCAAGUCAUUCAAAAAGCAUGGCCAGUUUUUGUUUUUCUGUUUGCUUCCAUUAUCACUGUUGAGUACUUGGCCAUCUGGAUGCACCUCUCUUUUGCAGAUCAACAUAUUGAGGCACAGGUGUCAUGCCGUGACUGUUGGAGAUUAUCAGAUACAUAUUUCAGCUACUGUAAACAGUGUUGGCUAGGAAUUCUUGUUGAUGAUCCUCGUGUGCUUUUUAGCUAUUACGGAGUUUUCAUGCUUUCGUGUUUUAAAUACCGUGCUGACCAGUCAUCUAGCCUCUCCAGAUCAAAAAUGUAUAAAAAAAUCCUCUCUCAGUGGAAGUCUGCUUCUGUAUUAAAUGAUCUUUCUUUUGAAACAAAAGGAUAUUGGACAUGCCUUGACCACCUGAGACUCUACUGUUACUGUCACUUGCUAGAUUUUGUUCUCUCAUUGAUCUUGAUUACAGGAACCUUUGAAUAUGACAUUUUACACUUUGGCUACCUUGGUUUUGCCCUGAUUUUCUUCCGAAAGAGGCUAAAAAUACUAAAGCAGGGAAACAACAUUUUUAGAUUCUUGCGGGUGUACAAUUUUCUCCUUAUAAUCUUCUCUCUUGCAUAUCAAUCUCCUUUUGUGGGUGAUUUUGGCGAGAAAAAAUCUGAAAGCAAAUGCAUCAAGGAAUUGGUUGGAUUUCACAAAUAUGAUUAUGGUUUUCGAAUUACAUCGAGAUCAGCAUUGGUGGAAAUUGUCAUAUUUAUGCUGGUAUCACUACAGUCAUACAUGUUCUCAUUCCAGGAGUUUGCUUAUGUUUCAAAAUAUCUUGAGAAAGAGCAGAUUGGUGUGGUACUACGGCAGCAGGAGAAGAAAGCUGCUAGGAAGACCGCGCAGUUGCAGCAGACACGUAAAGCUGAGGAGCUAAAGCGCCUCCGAAGCUUGCAGGUAGAGAAGAUGAAAUCAGAGAUGCUAAAUCUUCAGAAUCAGUUUCACAAUGUGAAGACUCAUGGCAAUUUUAGUGAUGUUUCUUUAGAAAAUGAUGGCCUAAGAAGGAGAAGAAACUUUUCUUUAGACUUAUAUAGGGAAAAUGAGUUUAGGAAGCAAGAUCCUGAUUUUAGUACUCAGACGAUAGGUCCCUUUGAGAUGAAUGAUGCUCCAUUAAGUGAAAGAGCAGGUGUAGGUUCGUUGGCACCAGGAGAUUGGAAACACUCAACAUAUUCUCCUCACGGACUUGUUGGGGUAAAUGAAAGAACUUGUAGCGACUAUUUUUUGGAUUCAGAAAUAAUGAAUCACUCGAAACUUCCGACGGGGCAAAAUGCAAUGGUUUCAACAAUACAUCUCAUAGGGAAAGGAGUAUCUCAAGUAAAGUUUCUCGGAAAUAUGGUAGUGGGCAAUUUAAUGAACUUUCUGAAGAUAGAAAAUGAAGAAUUAGAGUCAACUAAGGAUUCUUCUGAGGAUGAAGUAUACUAUGAGGUUGAAAAUCAGAAUACCGGAGGUGAACAUUUGGAGCCUACAUUUUCUGCACACACUAUUAAUGAGGAAAGCGUGCCUGAUUCUGCUUUCUUCCAAAUUGGUAUCAUCUUCUGUUACAUGUGGUCCAGAAUGCAAUCAAAUAACGAUGUUGUUUGUUAUUGCUGCUUUAUUCUGAUAUACCUAUGGAGCUUCAGUUUGAUCUCUGUGGCUUACCUAGCAGCUCUGUUCUUAUAUGCUCUCUGUCAAAAUACAGGUCCCAGUUAUAUAUUUUGGAUUAUUGUGCUAAUUUACACUGAGAUGUGCAUUUUGCUUCAGUAUUUAUAUCAAAGCAUCAUCCAACACUGUGGGUUGGUCUUGCAUGUGGGCUUCCUUGAAGAAUUAGGAUUUCCUGCGAACAAAAUAACAUCAUCCUUUGUAACCAGCAACUUGCCAUUUUUUCUGAUAUACGUGUUCACUCUGUUGCAAAUCUCUAUAACGGUGAAGGAUGGUGGUGGGGCAAAUGCUGCAGAAAUCAGAUGGGACAAGAAAAGAAAUCAACACCACGUAGAGCAAGUUAAGAGCACUGCCUGCAAAGCGAGAUUGCAAGGACUAUCUUCACCGCUGAGAAAUGUUCUACAAAUGCUUUACAGAAGCAUCUGCCGCUACUGGAAAUCAUUAACAUGGGGCGCAGAGACUCCACCAUAUUACGUGCAGCUUUCUUUUGAAGUCAACUCGUGGCCUGAGGGGGGCAUUCAACCAGAGAGAAUUGAAUCAAGAGUAAAUAAAGUCCUCAAGAUAUUGCAUGAUAUGAGGUGCAAAGAGAACCUGUGUGGUUUGCAAGUAGAAAGCAGGGUUCGUGUUCAGAGCAUUCAAAAAAGUGAAGAGAAUGAAAAUUUGUGUCUUGCAGUUUUUGAGGUGUUAUACGCCUCCCCUUCAAUUGAAUUUACUAGAGAAGAGUGGUACAGCUCAUUAACUCCGGCAGCAGAUGUAGCCAAUGAGAUUCAAGAAGCCCGGAGUACUGGUAUAUUUGAAGAGAUUGGGUUUCCGUACCAAGUACUUUCUGUCAUUGGCGGUGGCAAAAAGGAAAUUGAUCUGUACGCUUAUGUGUUUUGUGCUGAUUUGGCUGUUUUCUUCUUGAUAGCUAUUUUCUAUCAGUCAGUUAUAAAAGCUAACGGUGAAUUUCUUGAAGUCUAUCAGCUUGAAGAUCAAUUCCCUGAAGACUUUGUUUUCGUCCUGAUGGUUGUCUUUUUCCUGAUUGUGCUUCAUCGCAUCAUAUACCUCUGCUCCUUUGCAGCAGGAAAAGUUAUAUUUUAUUUAUUUAACGUUGUUCUCUUCACAUACUCAGUCACAAAAUAUGCCUGGGACAUGGAUCCUUUGCACAGACGUUCUGGAAGACUAGAACUUCGUGUUAUUUAUCUCACAAAAGCAAUUUCUCUAGCUUUGCAAGCUAUGCAAAUUCAAUUUGGGAUUCCACAGAAAAGCACUUUAUACAGGCAGUUUUUGACUAGUAAUGUUUCACGGUUUAAUUUUUUGGGUUUUCGACUGUAUCGUGCUCUGCCAUUCCUUUAUGAAUUGAGAUGUGUUCUAGAUUGGUCUUGCACAACAACAUCUUUGACUAUGUAUGACUGGCUGAAGCUUGAAGAUAUUCAUGCAAGCUUGUUUCUCGUCAAAUGCGAUGUGGAUUUGAAUAGAGCUAACCAUCACCAAGGACAAAAGCAAACCAAAAUGACAAAGAUCUGCAACGGGAUAUGUUUAUUUUUUGUGCUGCUGGGUGUCAUAUGGACUCCCAUGCUGAUGUACAGUAGUGGUAACCCAACAAACAUUGCAAACCCCAUCAAAGAUGCCAGUGCUAGGGUUGACAUAAAGACCAUAAGUGGAAGGUUGACAUUUUUUGAGACAACAUUGUGCGAGAUGAUAUCUUGGGAAAAGCUUCAUGUGCGUAGAAGGUUGGAUCCUCAUCGUUAUCUUAGCACAUACAAUGAGAAAGACAUUCAAUUAGUUUGCUGCCAAUCAGAUGCCAGCACGCUCUGGCUUGUUCCACCUGUUGUGCAGACCAGGUUUAUGAAGACCCUUGGUUGGAACAUGGGGAUUACUUUCUCCUGGCAAUUUACCAGGGAUAGGCCAAAGGGGAAGGAAGUAGUAAAAUACGAGUUAACCGUACAGGACGAGGAUCUACCUAAAUCCUCUGAAGUGAUGGAAGUUCUCAAUGGUACUUCUGAUAGCUUUAAAGUGUUUAAUGUCUACCCAAGAUACUUUCGGGUUACAGGAUCUGGUGAUGUGCGGCUCCUUGAGCAGUUGGUGGAUCUCUUUAGUGGAAAUCUUGUUCUCAAUCGCGGGAAUCCAGAGUGGUGGUCUUUUUAUGAUAUUAAUGCUUCAGAUGCACAUGGAUGUGGAAAGGAUGCUGGACCAAUGGCUAUAAUCGUAUCCGAGGAAACUCCUCAGGGUAUUAUCGGUGAAACUCUCAGCAAGUUCAGCAUUUGGGGACUUUACAUCACCUUCGUGCUUGCGGUUGGGCGUUUUAUCAGAUUGCAGUGUGCCGACCUGCGAAUGAGAAUUCCUUUUGAGAACCUUCCUUGUUGCGAAAGAUUGUUGGCAAUAUGUGAAGAUAUUUAUGCUGCCCGAGCAGCUGGUGAGCUUGAAGUGGAGGAGAAUCUGUAUUGGACGCUUGUUAAAAUCUACCGCUCGCCACACAUGCUGCUCGAAUACACUCAGCCCGACUAAAAUUCUCCAUACUCCUCCAGCUUCAUGUUUAACAAAUCGACGCUUAUAUUGAUUAUUGAGCAUCAUCUUGAUUUCCAUUUAAGCGUCUCUGUAAAGGCUGCUUGAAGUUGGUCACUUGAAGAAAAAGAAAAUGAAGAGAUCACACGCAAAUAACAAAUUUCAAGCUGAUUUAUCAUGGCGAUAACCUACCGCCCCGCACAUAAAUUGUAUUCAUCUAAGAUUAAUAGAUUUGACUGAUCCUAUUGUUCAUUAUGUUGUUAGUAUUAGUAACAGAGGCCAUGCAUGCGGUGGAUUUCAAACAACUGAAUUGCAGAAUUGAUACUGGGAAAGGGUUUUGUUCGAAUUACAUUGUGAGAUUUAUCACUAUAAUAAACUAAAUUUUUUAUUUGAUAUAGAUUAUAACCAAUUUUUAUCUGUUUAUGACGUUCA